AUGUCGGAUCGUGAGAGUUCUCGAAAUGAAAGGAGAAGUAAUAGACCUGGAGGUAGUAGUAAUUCACCUGCCCUGGCCAGGCAAGCUAAGGAAUUGAAAGGUUUAGGAGCGCCUGAGUUCAAGGGUAAAGCUGAGAAAGAUCUUGUUGUCGCGGAUCUUUGGUUGACUAAUGUUAAGAUAAUGUCAGAGGGACUGAACUGCUCUAAAGUAGAGAAAUUGGAUGGAAUAGUUUCGUUAUUGCGGGGUCAAGCAAGAAUAUGGUGGAAAAAUGUCACCAUGAGAUUAAGAAGUGAUCAAGUGACCUGGAUAUUUUUCUUAGAAGAAUUCAAGCGUAAGUACAUUGGUGAUCAGUUUAUUAGACAGAUAAAGCAAGAAUUUCUAAAUUUGAGACAAGAGGAUUAUACAGUGUUUGAAUAUGAAUGUGAAUUUAAUAAGUUAAGUCGUUUUACUGUUGAGCUUAUUCCGACUCAAAAAGAUACAUGUGAUUGGUUCGUAGAAGACUUGCGCCCUAGAGAGAAAUCUGUUAUGGUAUCUCAGAGAAAUAAAUGUAGAGGUCAUGGAAGGAAUUAUUAUGAAUCAUCCACUGAACAGGAUAUGCAUCCAAGUGCACGCGUUUAUAAUUUGGGUGAAAAUGAAGAUUUUGAGGAUCCAGAGAUUAUGGAAGGUAAAUUUCAAUAA